AUGACUUUGGGACAACAGAACAAAAUGUACAACGUCAUCCAGCAGCAGCAGAACUGUGUUAUCGUGUCGGCUCCGCAACAGAAACAAAUGAUGAACGGGAAGCGCCCGUUGGCACCGGCACCCGAAAGAGGAACAGUUCUAGUGCAAACCAACGCGGAUUUGCGUUGCAAGAGGAAAAUUCAAUUCGUGCCGUACGGUGCACCACCUCAGCAGCCGGCUUCCGUGGCCAGAAGGAACGCUCGCGAAAGAAACCGUGUGAAACAAGUGAACAACGGGUUUGCCACCCUCAGAUCGCACAUCCCCGCAAGUGUCGCUCAAGCUCUGUCGCCUCAAAGUGCGCCGCAAGGCCGUGGAGCCUCCAAGAAGCUCUCCAAAGUAGAAACCCUGAGAUUAGCGGUGGAAUACAUCAGAUCCCUCCAACAGAUGAUUGACGACCACGAAGGUGAAAUGGGCAACGGGUCUGUAAUCAGUGACUCCAGCGUUGAUAACAGAUACUACACCAGCAGCCCUAACAACACCCAACUCUACAACAACUACCCCAUCCUUCUACCGACUCCAACCUGUUCGGAAGCGUCAGCUUCUCCAACACCUUCUCACAGCUCAGAAAGCUCCUUCUCAGCGCACUCCAGCUACACGAACACCCUGUACCACCAGCAAGAAAACUACGAAAAUUACGACCCAAAAAGUCCCGAGGAUGAGGAACUUUUGGAUGCCAUAUUCUCCUGGCAGCAAGAAUAA